CUCACUUGUUCUCACGCCAGCCCGGCUUGUGCGCCUAAGCUCAAAUGUGGGCACUGUGCCCACACAUUCCGUUGACACUGCUAUGCGCAGCACUGGUUAUCUGGCUAACCCCCUCUGGGCUUAAGAAGCCAUGUGCGCAUCGCGCCAACCCUCCAACCAAUGAGCCGGCAGCUAACGGACAGGCCUUCUCAACGGCUAGCGAGCAAAGUAGACAUGUACAAGCAGGUUUCCUCAGAUACCAUCUGUGCUCUCAGUAGGCGGAUCCAUCUCGUCAGCUGACACUACGCAGCACCACAGCGGAUCCCUAGGCGUGAAACACAACCCAGACACCCAAACAGAUAAGGACUCCUUUUCGUGCGGAACGCUGACGGGAACUCUAUCACCACGCACACAAGAAGCGGACAG